AUGGAAUUCUGUCUUGCGCAGGCGAUAGCCAGAAAUCUAAAUGAUCUUCAGAGCACUAAUAGCUCUUUUUUUCUCCUACUAUCGACCUCACUAGCUUCAUUACUGCUUGUACUGCUCAUUCUAAGGUCUGUCUAUGGCGGAAAAGGCAAAAAUCUUCCUCCAGGAAGUCUAGGCUUUCCUCUGAUCGGGGAAACUCUUCAAUUUCUGAGCGCUUACAAAUCUAACAAAGGCAAGGACUGGGUGAAACAAAGAGUUGAAAGAUAUGGGCCUGUUUUCAAAACAUCUCUGAUGGGUAGCCCAACAGUCAUUCUCACAGGCCAAGGAGGCAAUCGAUUUCUCUUCCACAACGAUGGGCACACCAUAAUGAACACGCAGCCCAAACAUCUAAAAAGGAUUUUUGGAGAAAAUGGCAUUGGAAUGCUUUCUGGCGAGGAGCACAAGCGGAUAAGAGGUGCCAUCAUGCAGUUCAUGAAGCCUGAAGCUCUGCAGAGAUUCGUGGGCAGACUUGAUUCAGUUGUUCAACGACAUUUCGCUGAUUUUUGGGAAGGAAAAGAGAGUAUCACAGUCAUGCCAUUGAUGAACAAGCUUACUUUCCAAGUUGCCUGUGAUUUGUUCUUCAGCUUGAAUGACAGUGGAGAAAGGGAUAAAUUGGCUUUGGAAUUCGGUAAUGCUGUUAAGGGUAUUUGGUUUACUCCUUUGGAUUUGCCUGGAACUACUUACCGGAGAGCAUUUGAGGCGAGGUCUCGUGUGAAGAAGCAGAUUUCCGUGUUGGUGGAGGAGAGGAGGAGAGAGAUUGAAGGAGGCAAAGAGUCUGAAACCCAGGACUUAAUGUCAUGCUUGCUUAGCAUGAGGGAUGAGAAUGGAAAGGCCCUGUCUGACGAGGAGAUAAUAGAUAACGUCAUAACUGUAAUGAUUGCCGGGCAUGACACCACUGCCAGUCUUCUAACUCACCUUGUCAGAGUCAUGGCGCUUCAUCCUGAAGUCUACCAAAAUAUUCUUCAAGAGCAAACAAUGGUCCUUGAAGGAAAACAAUCUGACGAGCCUCUUAAAUGGGAAGAUCUUCGUAAUAUGAAGUACACAUGGAAGGUGGCUCAAGAAGCAUUGCGUUUGUUUCCUCCAAUUUUUGGUGGAUUUAGAAAGGCAAUUGAAGAUGUUGAAUAUCAAGGCUAUACAAUUCCAAAGGGUUGGCAAUUAUUUUGGGAAACAAGCUCUACACAUUGGAAUGAUGAGAAUUUCAAGGAGCCACAUUUAUUUGAUCCAUCUCAUUUCGAUAAUCAAGUUUCACGAUUUGUGUUUACUCCAUUUGGAGGGGGACCUCGAAUUUGCCCUGGCUAUAACUUUGCGAAGAUGGAGACAAUGAUUUUUGUACACUACUUAGUAACCAAAUGGAAAUGGUCUAUGAAGAAUCCUGAUGAAAGAAUAAUUUCUGAUCCUGCCCCUAUUCCUAUAUUGGGUUUACCUAUAAAUAUCUAUACUAAGGUAAAGUGA